AUGUCUCAGCCAGCGAACCAGGACCGUCGAGGUUGCAACAACAGUAUCUUCCCUGGUAUCUGUCAAAAAUUCCCCAACAUCGCUGAGACUGUUGUAAUGUCAAUGAUCUUUCACGACUUCAGUGCCUUAGACCUUUACAACCUACCAAUGCAAUUUGGUGCGGCCACACCCCCACGGCUUCCGCAUCAGACGCCACGCCCUCAAAGCUUUCUGGAGCCGGCAAUAACAUGGUCUAGGGAACCCAACCUGGUUUUCCGCCACCUCUUCACAUACUUCUCGGUCCUUUCUACCUACUUUUGCAACCAACCGACUAUCCCCCUUGGCUUUUUCCGGUACUUAGGUCAUCUCCAAUAUCUCUCCGGACUGCAUGAGUGGACACGGGUUCAUGAGUAUCACAUCGAGUUUUUCAAUAACCGCAUCUUGGAGAUGCGCCACGGCGACUUUUCAAAAUGGGCUAACCCCGAUACUUCUCUCAUGAAAAAAUACGGUUUUGAUCAGGAGAAAGUUUUGCCGGAGCCAAACCAGUAUGCUGCCAACAGGAUCUUUUACAAUGGCAAAGUUUGGGGGUUGGUGAAUGAUCCGUCUCGUGCUGCAAUCAACUGUAUAAUUCGCCGCACUCGGGAUCCCUAUGCUGAAAAAAUACAAUAUGUGGCGCAGUACAAAGCUACUACGGAUCGCCUCGACAUGUCGCACAUGCCGUUCGGAAAACCUGGUCAGAGGUUUCAGGAAUCGAAGCGAGUGUUACCAAUUCUACGAUCUGUGUGGGAGGACUUCGAGGUAUUGAAGAAUCGCAAGAAAGAAGAGGAAGCCAAGGUGGCAGCGGAGAAAGCUCAACGCCGUUCACAGCGAAUCGCACAUUUCAAGGCCUUGCUCCCUCGAGCGGGAUGCUUUCUUAGCCUCCCCCGACGUUUUUACCGAGGAAAAGAGAAACCGACUUCGCAGAGUGACCUACAAGAACAUGAUGAGUGA